UGGGCGGGAACCAAUGUGGCGAAGGAGGGGCUCUUAGACCAAGGAAGUGAAGGUCCAAAGAUCUUGAGUCCAGGAGUUGAAACACUAUUGUCUGAGGCCAUGGAGGACGAGGAGAGGCAGAAGAAGCUGGAAGCUGGCAAGGCGAAGCUUGCCCAGUUUCGUCAAAGAAAAGCUCAAUCUGAUGGGCAGAAUCCUCCCAAGAAGCAAAAAAAAAAGAGAAAAACCUCAAGCAGUAAACACGAUGUGCACAGCUUGAAUAUUGAUGAAUCACAGAGUGAUGAGAUAUACAUAAAUAGUUCUCAGGGAGUAGGAUCAGUUGUGACUCCUGAAUCCACAUUGAGAAGAACUCUGCACAGUGGAGAAGUAACCAAGCAUGACCAGGUCUUCUAUGUUGAACCGGAAAGUGAAAUUUCAACCACAGCAGAUGAUUAUAGUUCAGAGGUAAAUGGUUGCAGUUUUUUGGUGAAAACAGGAAAGGCUACAAAUUUAUUAAGGGAAGAAGAAUUUGGUGUUGAUGAUUCUUGCUCUGAACAAGUUGCGCAGUAUAGUCAGACCCAUCUAGAGAUGAUGGAAAAUGAAUUGGCUGGGAAACAGCAUGAGAUUGAAGAGCUAAACAGAGAACUAGAAGAAAUGAGGGCCACCUAUGGGACUGAAGGACUUCAGCAGUUACAAGAGUUUGAAGCUGCCAUUAAACAAAGAGAUGGCAUCAUUACCCAGCUCACUGCUAAUUUACAGCAAGCAAGAAGAGAAAAGGAUGAGACAAUGAGAGAGUUUUUAGAGUUGACAGAGCAGAGUCAAAAGUUACAGAUUCAGUUCCAGCAUUUACAGGCUAGUGAAACUCUGAGAAACAGCACUCAUAGUAGCACAGCGGCAGAUUUACUACAAGCCAAACAACAGAUCCUGACUCAUCAGCAGCAGCUGGAAGAACAAGACCAUCUACUAGAAGAUUAUCAAAAAAAGAAAGAAGACUUCAAAAUGCAAAUUAAUUUCUUGGAAGAAAAAAUUAAAAUAUAUGAAAUGGAACAAGACAAAAAAGUAGAAAACUCAGAUAAAAAAGACAUACAGGAAAAAGAAGCAAUCAUUGAAGCAUUAAAUACAAAAGUAAUAGAAGAAGAAAGAAAAACUCUUGAGCUAAAGGAUAAAAUAGCAGCUACUGAUAAAUUACUAGAAGAAUUACAAGAACAGGUUGUACAAAAGAACCAAGAGAUAAGAAAUAUAAAAUUAGAGUUGACCAAUUGUAAGCAAAAAGAAAGACAGUGUUCUGAGGAAAUAAAACAGUUAAUGGGGACAGUUGAAGAACUUCAGAAGAGAAAUCAUAAAGAUAGCCAAUUUGAAAUUGACACAGUGCAGAGAAUGGAACAAGAAACACAAAGAAAGUUAGAACAACUUCGAGCAGAGCUGGAUGAGAUGUAUGGGCAGCAGAUAGUUCAGAUGAAGCAAGAAUUAAUAAGACAACACGUGUCACAGAUAGAGGAACUUAAAACAUGUCAAAUGCGAGAAAUGGAGACUGCUUUAAAAUCAUAUUCAAAUAUUACAGUGAAUGAAGAUCAAGUAAAGUUAAUGAAUGUGGCAAUAAAUGAACUGAAUAUAAAACUACAAGAUAGUAACUCUCAAAAGGAAAAACUCAAGGAAGAACUAGGAGUAGUUUCAGGAGAAAAGUCUGCUUUGCAGGGACAGCUUGAAGACCUGUUUGAAGAAUUGAGCUUUUUAAGGGAUCAAAUUCAAAGAGCUAGACAGACAAUAGCCGAACAGGAAAACAAACUGAAUGAAACACGUAAGUCUCUUAGUACAGUGGAAGAUUUGAAAGCUGAAAUUGUUUCUGCAUCUGAAUCCAGGAAGGAACUAGAGUUAAAACAUGAAGCUGAAGUUACAAAUUACAAGAUAAAACUUGAAAUGUUAGAAAAAGAAAAGAAUGCCGUGUUAGACAGAAUGGCUGAAUCACAAGAAGCUGAAUUAGAGAGGCUGAGAACACAGCUCCUAUUUAGUCAUGAAGAAGAACUUUCUAAACUAAAGGAAGAUUUAGAAAUUGAGCAUCGACUAAAUAUUGAAAAACUUAAAGAUAACUUAGGCAUUCACUAUAAACAGCAGAUAGAUAGCUUACAGAAUGAAAUGAGUCAAAAGAUAGAGACAAUGCAGUUUGAAAAAGACAAUUUGAUAACUAAGCAGAAUCAGUUAAUUUUGGAAAUUUCAAAGCUAAAAGAUUUACAGCAGUCCCUUUUGAAUUCAAAGUCAGAAGAAAUGACUCUUCAAAUUAAUGAACUUCAAAAAGAAAUUGAAAUGCUCAGACAAGAAAAAGAAAAGGGUACUCUUGAACAAGAACUUCAAGAAUUACAACUUAAAACCGAAUUCUUGGAGAAACAAAUGAAAGAAAAAGAGAAUGAUCUUCAAGAAAAAUUUGUACAACUCGAAGCAGAGAAUAGCACUCUUAAAGAUGAGAAGAAAGCCCUUGAAGAUAUGUUGAAAACUUAUACUCCUGCUAACCAACAAGAAAGAUUUAUUUUUAUAGACUCCAUUAAGUCCAAAUCCAAAGACUAUAACUGGCAGAAAGAAAGAGAAAUUCUUACAGAGGAGAACAAGGACCUCAAACAACAAUGUAUUCAGCUAAAUGAAGAGAUUGAAAAACAAAGGAAUACUUUCUCAUUUGCUGAAAAAAACUUUGAAGUUAACUAUCAAGAGUUACAGGAAGAAUAUGCUUGCCUUCUCAAAGUAAAAGAUGAUUUAGAAGAUAGUAAAAAUAAACAAGAAUUGGAGUAUGAAAGUAAACUUAAAGCACUUAAUGAAAAGCUUCAUUUGCAAAGAAUAAAUCCAACUGUGGUGAAAAUGAAAAGUUCCAUCUUUGUUGAUGACAACACUUUUGUAGCAGAGCCAUUGGAAAUUGGUGAGGUUGUUGAGAAAGAUACCACAGAACUUAUGGAAAAACUUGAGGUAACCAAGCGAGAAAAAUUAGAACUGACAGAAAAGUUAUUGAAUCUCUCUGAGCAAUUAAAACAGAAACAUGGCGAGGUUACUUUAAUGAAUGAAGAAGUUAAAUCUCUAAAGCAGGAGAAGGAGCAACUUUUCUUGAGAUGUAGAGAGCUAGAAAUCAUAAUUAACCAUAAUAGGGCAGAAAAUGUAAAUGAGUGUGAUGUUGAAUUAAGCUCUUUAAAAGAUGGAGUUGUGACAAGGAUAGACAAGUAUUCUGGAGGAUCAGUUUUUGAAGUAAGUGAAGAUUUUGGUGAAGAAUCAAAAAUAGUGUUGAAAGAUAAAAUUCCUUUAGAAAAUAUGACUCUUAGAAAAGAAAGCAAGCAAGAACAAUUGUUUUUGUCAUCAGUGAUAAAUGAAUCAUUGCUUGAGGCAUCUGAACCAAAUGAAAAUGAUAAACUCCAGCAGGAACUUCAUGUACUUAAAGCAGAACAGGUCCAAGGACGACAAACAAAUGGUGUGAAACUUGAAUUUACCAAAGAAAACCUGUCAAAAGAGGAAACUGAGUUUUUAUCAACCCAUUCUCAGAUGACCAAUUUGCAAAACAUUGAUGUCAAUCAUCAAAGCACAUUAUCUUCUCUGCAAGAUACAGAAAAAAUGAAACACCUUGAAGAACAAGUUCAAGACUUAGAAAACCUCAUCUCUUCUUUGCAGCAACAAUUGGAAAAAAGUGAAGAAAACCAUGGGCUGGAGAUCCAGUGUUUGCAGGAGAGGUUGCAAGCUGUUAAUGAGUCCACAGUUCAGCCAAGCUCUUCCAUUGAUUCAAUGGUAAUAAAAGAAUCUGACGGACAGAGAACAGUAUACGCUGGAAGUUAUGUAAAAGAGAAUAUUGGUGGUACAAUAGAGUUUUCUGGUGAAUUUGGAGCGAAACAAGAAAUGAAUAUGGUUAAGUUGCUAGAAAAACAGUACCAAGAACGAUUAGAAGAAGAAGUAGCUAAGGUCAUUGUAUCAAUGAGUGUAGCAUUUGCUCAACAAACUGAACUGUCUAGACAAUCUGGGGGAAAUGAAAAUACAACAUCAUCAAAACAAGUACAUGUUCUCUGUCAGCUGGAAGAAGAGCAUUUUAAUGAAAUAAAAUUAUCACAGGGUCAAGUCAGUCUUCAGACUUUUGAGGAAAUGGAAAUGAAAUUUAAAAAAGAAUCUAAACCACUUAAUAAAGAGUUAGGAGGAGAUGGAAAGGAAGUUGAGUUACCAAAUAAUGAUUCUGAUGAUGUGCUAGAACUGAAGGACCAUGGACUGACUAUUUCAGAAGAAAUAUUUUCCAAAGAUGAAACAUUUAUAGUCAAAGAAUCUAUCCAUGAUGAGAUGUUGGUAUCAAGCAUGGAUGCUUCUAGACAGCUGAUGUUAAAUGAAGAACAGUUGGAAGAUAUGAGGCAGGAACUUGUGCGGCAGUAUGAAGAACAUCAGCAGGCAACAGAACUUUUGAGGCAGGCACACAUGCGCCAGAUGGAGAGACAGCGAGAAGACCAGGAGCAGCUACAAGAAGAGAUUAAGAGACUUAAUAGACAGUUAGCCCAGAGAUCCUCAGUAGAUAAUGAAAACCUGGUUUCAGAGAGAGAGAGGGUGCUUUUAGAGGAGCUGGAAGCACUAAAGCAGCUGACUUUAGCUGGAAGAGAGAAGCUGUGUAGUGAGCUGCGCAGCAGCAGUACGCAAACACAGAAUGGAAAUGAAAACCAAGUGGAAGUUGAGGAACAGAUGUUUAAGGAAAAGGAAUUGGACAGUAAACCUGAAGAUGUGCCUCUUGAUAUUCUGCCCAAUGAGAGCUUGCAUGGAGGGAUUUGGCCCCUAAGAUUUUGGCUUCCCCAUUGGAUCAUCAGUAUGGAACGCAGUCAGUAUGGAACUCAAACAAGAAAGACAGUGUAUGCACUCCAGAAAGCUAAUAACAGACUCUUGAAGAUCCUCUUAGAAGUUGUAAAGACAACAGCAGCUGUGGAAGAAACAAUUGGCCGCCAUGUCCUUGGGAUUCUAGAUGGAUCUUAUAAAGGCCAGUCAUGUAGCAACCUAGUUUGGAGGUCAGAAGCAGAGUCAUCUGUAAAGUCAUGUGUCCAAGAGGAAUAUACAAGAGCUACAGAUGAAUCCAUACCCUCUUAUCAUGGAAGUGACAUGCCAAGGAAUGACAGUAGCAUAUGGUCAAAAGUAACUGAGGAAGGAACAGACCUGUCACAGCGACUUGUAAGGAGUGGCUUUGCAGGAACUGAGAUAGACCCUGAAAAUGAAGAACUUAUGCUGAACAUUAGCUCACGACUACAAGCAGCAGUUGAAAAACUUCUAGAAGCAAUAAGUGAAACCAGUAGUCAGCUUGAACAUGCGAAAGUUACACAGACAGAGUUGAUGCGUGAGUCAUUUAGACAGAAACAAGAAACAACAGAAUUCCUCAAGUGUCAAGAAGAACUGCGAGAACGUCUUCAUGAGGAGUCCAGGGCCAGAGAACAGCUGGCUGUGGAGCUCAAUAAGGCUGAAGGUGUCAUUGAUGGUUAUGCAGAUGAAAAAACUCUUUUUGAAAGGCAAAUUCAGGAAAAAACUGAUAUAAUAGAUCGUCUUGAACAGGAGUUGUUGUGUGCAGGUAAUAGAUUGCAAGAAUUGGAAGCAGAGCAACAGCAGAUCCAGGAAGAAAGAGAAUUACUGUCAAGACAGAAGGAGGCUAUGAAAGCAGAGGCAGGCCCAGUUGAACAGCAGUUACUACAAGAGACAGAAAAACUAAUGAAGGAAAAGCUAGAAGUACAGUGUCAAGCAGAAAAAGUACACGAUGACCUUCAAAAGCAAGUGAAAGCUCUAGAAAUAGAUGUUGAGGAACAAGUCAGUAGGUUUAUAGAGCUGGAACAAGAGAAAAAUGCUGAACUAAUGGAUUUAAGACAGCAAAACCAAGCACUGGAAAAGCAGUUAGAAAAAAUGAGAAAAUUUUUAGAUGAGCAAGCCAUUGAUAGAGAACAUGAGAGAGAUGUAUUCCAACAGGAAAUACAGAAACUGGAACAGCAGCUUAAGUUUGUACCUCGAUUUCAGCCUGUCAGCGAACAUCAAACUAGAGAGGUUGAACAGUUAACAAAUAAUCUGAAAGAAAAAACAGACAGGUGCAGUGAGCUUUUGCUGUCUAAAGAACAGCUUCAGAGAGAUGUACAAGAGCGGAAUGAAGAAAUUGAGAAACUGGAGUUCAGAGUAAGAGAACUGGAGCAAGCUUUACUCGUUAGUGCCGAUACUUUUCAAAAGGUGGAGGACAGAAGACAACUUGGAGCUGUAGAAGACAAAGCAGAAUUGUCUCUAGAAGUACAGUUGCAGGCUGAACGAGAUGCUAUAGAUAGAAAGGAAAAAGAGAUCACAAACUUAGAAGAACAAUUGGAGCAGUUUAGAGAAGAACUGGAAAAUAAGAAUGAAGAAGUUCAGCAAUUACAUAUGCAAUUAGAAAUACAGAAAAAGGAAUCUACUACCCGCCUACAAGAACUUGAACAAGAGAACAAAUUAUUUAAGGAUGAAAUGGAGAAACUGGGACUUGCCAUAAAGGAAUCUGAUGCUAUCUCUACUCAGGACCAACAUGUGUUAUUUGGAAAACUUGCUCAAAUAAUACAGGAAAAAGAGGUGGAGAUUGUUCAAUUAAAUGAGCAAAUUACAAAACUUCAGCAGCAACUUAAACUUACAACAGAUAACAAGGUUAUUGAAAAAAAAAAUGAACUCAUAAGGGAUCUUGAAACCCAAAUAGAAUGUUUGCUGAGUGAUCAAGAAUGUCUGAAGAAAAAUAGAGAAGAAGAAAUAGAGCAGCUCAAUGAAGUGAUUGAAAAACUUCAACAGGAAUUGGCAAAUAUUGAACAGAAAACUUCACUGUAUGCUAAUUCCCUUCCAGAAGAAGCAGACAGUUUGAAACAUCAGUUGGAGAAAGUUAUAGCUGAAAAAUUGGCUUUGGAACAGCAAGUAGAAACCACUAAUGAAGAAAUGGCCUUCACAAAAAAUGUACUUAAGGAAACCAAUUUUAAAAUGAAUCAACUAACACAAGAAUUAUGCAGCUUAAAGAGAGAAUGUGAAAAUAAGGGGGAAAUCCAGAAUGUACCAGAGAAAAGUGUUACUGUGGCUCUGGAUGAGCUCAGCAAGGACAAACCUGAAGUGGAAGUAGUCCCUAGUGAGGAUGGUUUCAGUCCCCUAGAAAAUCAGAUUUACCCCCAGUCUUUUGAAGAAAGCACCAGAGUUUCCAAAAGUUGGGAAACAAAGCUGCUACAGCUUGAGAGCUCUGUUAGUACAAAGGACUUAGAACUUAUCCAGCGUUAUAAACAAAUAAAGGACAUGCAAGAGCAAGGCCAAUCUGAAACAGAAAUGCUUCAAAAGAAGAUUGUAAACCUACAGAAAAUACUUGAGGAGAAAGUAGCUGCUGCUCUUGUGAGUCAGGCCCAGCUUGAGGCAGUUCAGGAAUGUGUGAAGUUCUAUCGGGAUAAGCAAACAGUUUCAUCAGAACCUGAAAGGACUAGUAUACAGAAUUCAGAUCAAAUAACAGAAAACAAGAUGGAUUCAGAUGUGUCCAAACUAACCUUGAGAAUAUCAGAGUUAGAAAGCCAGGUAGUUGCCAUGCACAGUAGUUUGAUUUCAGAAAAAGAACGAGUAAAAAUUGCAGAGAAAAAUGCUUUGGAAAAAGAAAGGAAAAUUCUAGAACUACAGAAAGAAUUGGAGGACAGUAAGAAAAAACAGAAAGGGAAAGAAGGAAAAAGAAGCCCUCAAGGAGAUUUGGAAGUUCUCAAGACUACUACUGAGGUAAUUCAUACCAGUGGAGAAAGUGGACUUUUUGAUGAACUUAAGGCUUUUAGAGCUGAGUCAGUGACUAUCAACAAAGAACUUGCCAGUUACAAAGAAAAGAUAAAAGAAAUAAAUGUGGCAUCUCCUCAGAAAGAUUUAAGCCAAGUUAGGGAUCAGCUCACAGAGGCAGAAGACAAAUUAUCUCACUUCCUAGUAAAAGGAGAUAAGACUGAGGUACAAGAAAACAGAAAGAUCUGCAUAUUGGAGGCACUUCCUAUUAAAGUGGGUGAAAGCUCUGCAUCCCAAACAGAGGGGACUCUCAAGGUCAAUAGCAGCAAUCAGACGCCACAGAUUUUUGUUAGAAAUGCAGAAAUUCAAAUUGAUUUACAAAAUGAAUGUUCCUCAGAAGAAGUCACUGAAAUAAUAAGUCAGUUUACUGAAAAAAUUGAGCAGAUGCAAGAAUUACAUGCUGCUGAAAUUUUGGAUAUGGAAUCCAGACAUAUUUCAGAAACUGAAACUUUGAAGAGGGAACAUUAUGUUGCUGUUCAGUUACUGACAGAGGAGUGUGGGACCUUGAAGGCAGUGAUACAGAGUCUGAGAUCUAAAGAGGAAUCUUCAGUUCAUUCUAAUACUUACCAAACUAAAGAAAUAUGUUCUAGUGAUUCUGGAUCAGACUGGGGUCAUGGAAUCUGUCUUACACAAAGUCAGGGAGUUGACACAGGCUCAGAAGGCAGGGAAGAAGAAAUUGAAGGGUCAACAGAUUCAUUUCCAAGGAAAAUAAAGGGAUUGCUGAGAGCUGUCCAUAAUGAAGGCAUGCAGGUGCUUUCUCUCACAGAGUCACCUUAUGGUGAGGGGGAGGACCAUUUUGUUCAGCAAGUUUCAGAAUCCUGGCUAGAAGAGAGAAGGGCAUACCUUAGUACAAUCUCAUCUCUUAAGGAUUUAAUUACCAAGAUGCAAGUGCAAAGCGAAGCUGAGGUUUAUGAUGAUUCUCAGUCUCCUGAGAGUCUCUCUGACUGGCGAGGUGACCUUUUGCUUGCCUUUCAACAUGUUUUCCUAAAGGAGCGCAGCAUUUUACUGGCUGCCUUUCAGACUGAGCUGACAGCUCUAGGUACCAGAGAUGCAGUUGGAUUACUGAGCUGCUUGGAACAGAGAAUACAAGAACAGGGUAUUGAAUAUCAGACAGCUAUGGAAUGUAUCCAAAAAGCAGAUAGAAAGAGUUUGCUAUCUGAAAUUCAAGCACUGCGUGCUCAAAUGAAUGAUAGGAAAAUGACCCUGAAAAGAGAGCAGGAGAGUGAUAAACCCAGCCAAGAACUCUUGGAAUGUAAUAUGCAACAGAAGCAGUCUCAAAUUCUGGAGAUGCAAGUGGAGCUGAGCAGUGUGAAAGACAAAGCAACUGAACUCCAGGAACAGCUGAGUUCAGAAAAAAUGCUCGUUGCUGAACUAAAAAGUGAACUUGCGCAAAUGAAAUUGGAGCUAGAAACAACACUCAAGGCACAGCAUAAGCACCUAAAAGAAUUAGAAUCAUUCAGAUUGGAAGUUAAAGAUAAGACAGAUGAAGUACAUUUGCUUAAUGAUACAUUAGCAAGUGAACAGAAAAAGUCAAGAGAGCUCCAGUGGGCUUUGGAGAAAGAAAAAGCCAGGUUGGGACACAGUGAAGAGAGGGAGAAAGACAAACUCGAGGAUCUGAAAUUUUCACUUGAGGACCAGAAACAGAGGAAUACUCAGCUAAAUCUACUUUUGGAACAACAGAAGCAACUGCUACAUGAAUCACACCAGAAAAUGGAAUCACAAAGAAUGCUACAUGAUGCUGAGUUAUCAGAAGAGCAAGGCCGAAACUUAGAGCUUCAAGUACUCCUUGAUUCUGAGAAAGUCCAAAUUCAGGAACUAAGUGGUGCCCUAGCUAGGGAGCGGGAACUGUGGGCCCGGCUGCAGAGCAGUGACGAGGGUGGCCAGCUGCAUUCACACUUGCCCUCGGAGGACCUCCUGAAGGAGCUGCAGAGACAGCUGGAGGAGAAACAUAGCCGUAUAGUAGAAUUGUUAAGUGAGACUGAAAAAUACAAACUGGAUUCUUUGCAAACAAGACAGCAAAUGGAGAAAGACAGACAGGUUCAUAAGAAGACACUGCAGACAGAGCAAGAGGCCAACACUGAGGGACAGAAAAGAAUGCAUGAACUCCAGUCUAAAGUGGAAGAUCUUCAGCACCAGCUAGAAGAGAAAAGGCAACAGGUUUAUAAGUUAGACCUUGAAGGAAAGCGACUGCAAGGAAUUAUGCAGGAAUUCCAAAAGCAAGAGCUAGAACGAGAAGAAAAACAAGAAAGUAGACGAAUUCUGUAUCAGAAUCUUAAUGAGCCAACCAGUUGGAGCUUGACUAAUGAUCGGACUCGAAAUUGGGUUCUUCAACAGAAAAUAGAAGGAGAUACGAAAGAAGCAAACUAUCCUAAAUUGACUGUAAUGAAUGGACGAGAAACUGGCUGCAAUCAUGAAUUAGAAGUGGUCAGACAGAAGCUUGAGCGUGCAGCUUCAAGCCUGCAACAUCUGUCCCAGAAAGCCUCUAAUAGGCUACAGUUUGAAACAGCAGAUGAUGAAACUUUCACUUGGGUUCAGGAAAAUAUUGAUGGAAUUAUUUUACAACUACAGAAAUUCACUGGCCAGCCAGGUGAAGAGCCCAGCUUAGUGUCCCCAAGUGCUUCUUGUGGCUCAUUGACUGAAAGACUUCUGAGACAGAAUGCUGAGCUGACAGGACAUAUCAGCCAGCUGACUGAAGAAAAGAGUGGUUUGAGGAACACGGUCAUGAAGCUAGAAGAGCGGAUAAGGUGCUACCGACAGGCAGGAGCUGCUGGAGAUUGCUCUUCUAGGUUUUCAUUUGGUGGUGGAGCCAACAUUAAUGCCAUCAUUGCUUCUGAAAAAGAAGUAUGGAACAAAGAGAAAUCGACUCUCCAGAAAUCCUUGAAAAGGGCAGAAGCAGAAGUGUAUAAACUGAAAGCUGAACUAAGAAAUGAUACUUUACUUCAGAAUCUGAGCCCCGAUUCUGAACAUGUCACCUUAAAGAGAAUUUAUGGUAAAUACUUGAGGGCGGAAAGUUUUCGAAAAGCUCUUAUUUAUCAAAAGAAAUACCUGCUGCUGUUACUGGGUGGGUUCCAAGAAUGUGAAGAUGCGACCCUGGCACUGCUUGCCCGCAUUGGGGGACAGCCAGCCUUCACUGAUCUAGAAGUCAUCACCAACCGCCCCCGGGGCUUCACCAGGUUUCGUUCAGCUGCCAGAGUGUCCAUCGCAGUUUCCAGAAUGAAAUUCUUGGUUCGUCGGUGGCACCGAGUCACUGGUUCUGGUUCCAUCAAUAUUAACAGAGAUGGCUUUGGACUGCAUCCAGGUGAAGUCAAAACAGGUGCUGAAAAAACUGACCCAUUUUAUCAUUCUUCUGGUGGACUGGAGCUGUAUGGAGAAGCAAGACAUAUGACAUACCGCUCAAGAUCAGAUCUGGAAUAUCCUAGAUCUCCCUUACCAUUUCAAAAUAGGUACACAGGCAUUCCAGCUGAUUUAAAUCCUGGUUCCCUAGCCUGUUCUCAGCUUCAGAAUUAUGAUCCUGACAGAGCUCUGACAGAUUACAUCACUCGGCUAGAGGCACUACAAAGACGACUUGGAACUGUGCAGUCAGGUUCAACUAUUCAGUUUCAUACUGGCAUGAGAAGAUAAUCCUUCAAAACAUCAUUAAAUGAAGCGAUUUUAAAGAAAUUCUUUUUUGUAAAUCAAUGGUUCUUUUGUGUUUUUGUAUUGUGAAUAUUCAAUGGGACCAUUAUAAACAGCUUAUGAUUGUAUACAAAUCCCUUGCCAGCACAUGAAAACUGGAAUUUGUGUAUAUACGCAUUGUGUAUGUAAUUCAUGCACAACAAUCAUUAAAUUACAUGUAUAUUUAUGGAAUGCUAAUUUAAAUGAUUAAAUUAUGAACCUUGUGUAUUUAUCAAAUGGGUGAAAAGAGUAAACUUGCAAAUUAUGAUACUGCUGGAUGUGUAGCUUGCGGUCCUGCACUUUUCUUACAAGGCUACUAAAGUUACAUGUUUCUGCCUAAUAUAUUUGCUACUGGUGAUGAAAACAGAACAUACCACUUGUAGAGACAUAUUUUUGUAUAAUGGUAGAAGUUUUGAAUUUUGGGGGGUAUUUUGUCAAGUACUGAAAUAAAAAUGACUUCACCAUUUUCACCACACUGUA